GGCCACAGCCUCAAUGCGCCACUUGGAGGCUGAAAGACACAUUCGCCCUCCUCCCAGCUACAGAAGUUCGAUGGGAGAGACAACGGAAACCGGUGAGCUGAGACUCACUAGCGACAGUGUUACAAUGGCUAGCUUCCUUUAAGAUACGUUGGGUCAAGUAUUCUUGCAUUCGCCUUCGCCAUAGGACUACAAUAACAAAAGACCAAUUGCCAGAUAAAUUCUGGUUGAAGAUGCUAACCGAUAUGAUUGUGGAGGAAGAAUUUGAGAUCAAAGACGAAGAGCCGUGGUACGACCAGCAGGAUCUUGAGCAUGACCUCCAUCUGGCAGCAGAGCUGGGCAAGACCCUGCUGGAUCGUAACAGGGAGCUGGAACAGGGCCUGAAGCAGAUGUACUCCACCAACCAGGAACAGCUGCAAGAGAUAGAGUACCUGACCAAGCAAGUGGACCUCCUGCGGCAGAUGAACGAGCAGCAUGCCAAGGUGUACGAGCAGCUGGACGUGACUGCUCGUGACCUGGAGCAGGGCAACCACAGGCUGGUCCUGGACAACCGCUCAGCCCAACACAAAAUCCAGGGGCUGACGGAGACGAUCGAGGGGCUGCAGGCGCACGUGGAGGAGCUGCAGAGGCAGGUGGAGGAGAUGAAGAAGGCGCAGUCGGAGCGCUCCAGCAGAGAGCUGGUGGAGCAGCGGCGUCUCACGGGGGCUCAGAGCAUGGCCUGUCUCCAGGAGCUGUACAGCAGGCACAAGUUUUUGUCGUAUGACCAAGACGGCUCUUUAGAUGACGAACUGUCCAUGGCGGAGAAGAUGAGGGCGGAGGAGGAGAACCUGUCCCUGAACCGCUCGCUGCGGACCUUACAGACCCAGCUGGGCACUGAGCGCGCCCGGCGCAGGGAGGCGGAGCAGGAGGCGGAGCUGAUGACCCGUGAGAACGGCGAGCUGGAGCAGCGUCUGGGGCAGCUGGAGGGUUGCCAGGUCCGCCUGCAAGAGCUGGAGCAGGAGGUGGAGGAGCUCCGGCAGCUCUGGCGCUCUGACGCGGCCAGCUCCCGGCGGGAGGACAAGCUGCUCCCGGACUCCCUGUUCUUCCCGGCGGAGGAGCGGGCGGAACAGGACCCCGCGGAGCGGGACCCCGAGGACCCCCCGGAGCCGGGCCGGCGCGCGCUGAAGCGCUGCAGCAGCGAGACCCAGCUGAGGAGCCCCAGCGACGAGGAGAUCCGCCGCGGGCACGAGCUCACCUGCGUCCGCCGUGCGGAGGCCGUCAAGCAGCGCGGCAUCUCCCUGCUCAACGAGGUGGACGCGCAGUACAGCGCCCUGCAGGUGAAGUACGAGGAGCUGCUGCGUCGCUGCCAGCAGGGCCCAGACCAGCACAGCCACAAGGCCGUGCAGACGCCCGCAGCCCAGCGCUGCCACGCCGAAUCCGCCACCACGCCCAGGGCACAGGCCCCGGACGACGACGGCCAGCAGCCCGAGUACAAGGCCCUCUUCCAGGAGAUCUUCUCCUGCAUCCAGAAGACCAGAGCGGAUCUGAGUGAAAACAGGGCCAAGCUUACUCCAGCCCAGUGAGGCUCCCACAAGCCUCCUCCUGGAGAUCUUCCCCUGCAUCCGGAAGACCAAAGAGGAUCUGAGUGAGAACAGAGCCAAGCUUACUCAAGACCAGUGAGGCUCCCACGGUGCUCAGGGAAUUUGGGAGAGUUGGUUUCUGCCUCAUUUUGGCCAGGAUUGAAGAAGGCAUCUCAAAGGCUUUAAGUCUGAGUGAUGCAAGCAGGCUGUGGGGUCACCUCAAGCAAGCAGAACCCACUGUCCAGGUGACUGCACCACACCACCAGUGCCUAAAUCACCAUACUUCUCUAACCAUCAAACGGGGACUCUUCACAAAGCCAGACCAGCUCAGUGGAUAAGCAAUCAAAACAUUUCCAGUUGUAUUUUUCAGCAGACUUGCAUCUGUUAUCUCUAAACCUAAAAUUGUAAAUGUCAGCGAGAUAAUCAGAACAGAUUUCCUGAUUAUGUUUAUUUAUUUUUAUUUUAUUAUGGCAUUUGUCUGCACCAGUCUGCAUCUGGAUUUAUUGCGCCCAACUUUCAUUGAAAAGUAACUGGAUGGGAAUGUUUGGUUCCUUGUUUCUUACAAUGUUAUAGUGUUGGCAUUACAGUCCAUUUCAAAUGAUUGUUUUGUUGUGUUUUUCUGUUCAUCAUCAUGUAACUUCAUGAAAGCAAUUUUUCAUAUGAGGACCAUUAUGUUGACUUUAUUGGCUUGACCCUCUGCUAAAAAAAACAUAUGCAAAAUGGCUUUUAUUGGUUCUUUAGACAAUGUGUGUGUGUGUACACUGUAGCGAUAAACAAAUUAGAAUAACGUGUAAACUAUGGGAUGGAACUGGAUUAUAGUGCCAUGAAAUAUUGAUACCAACCAGGACUGAGGCUUUCAAUUCUGAAUCCAACAGUGACAUAGAGGGCGAUGUAAUGUGGAAAGAUGGAACAGAGGAGGGAUCUUUCUUGCUCACAGCUUCACGCUUCAUCUGUGUUCCCAGCCCAAGUCCAAUUAUAUUAUAAUUAUAUUCUUAUUCCUGAAAUUUUACCAGUUUACCAGUAGCCUGAAUUUCCGUCUCAGUAAGGCCACGUUGUAUUGCGCUUUAGGGUGAUACUGGAUUGACCAAUGAUCUGACCCCCCCAUCCUUUAGACACUCUAGAUAUAAGACAGCGCUGUCCUAACUUACUGUGUUCCACCCUGAAAUAAUGUGAUUUUUAUGUUUAGCUGUGUAAGCGUGAAUGAAGUAUUAUUUUAAGGUGCUUUUUGGCAAAAUAGAAAAUAUUGGAUGUGUAAAUGCAGCUCAUAGAUUUGGGGGUAAGCAACAGAAAAAGUACAGUAAGACAAAGGGAUAACAUUUUGUUUUUCUGAAACAUUAAAGAGAAAACGCCUGAGUGUGGGCAGAGGAAAAGUUUGGAGCCCUAUCAGCCCUAGUAGCCUGAUCAAAGUACUCUUUUGUUCCAUAUAAGUUAAUAGAUCAAUUAAUACCACGAACUGCAAGGUAAUAACCGCUUACAGCAACAGCUUAGAGCACUUACUAUCUGAGGUCAUCAGGUUUUAUUUAUUUAUUUGGCCUGAUAUGGAUCAGUACAGAUCUCCACUCUGUAAUCUUUUUUUUACAGUAUGCUGCACCUGCUUUUAAGUUGCAUAACAUGUUUAUGAUACACUAAAUGUAUCAGAAACGUGAAGUCCAGACGAGGAAUUGCAUCAAUAAAAUGGCUGAUGGGUUUCAUUUUGAAUUAGCCCCUCACAAAUGACAGCUAUUGGUUUUGAUGUAACAGAGUUGAUGGCUGAUAGGAGACCGCUGACAUAGAAUGAUUGAUCUCUCUUCAAUCAUCACCAAUGCCUUGCCUCAGAAUGAGAGAAAACGAUGGUCCAGGGGGUUUAAUUAUUGAAAUUGUUUUAUAACUCACUGCAUAAUUUCCUAUUUAGAUGCAUUUUUCUUGAAGUUUUUGCAUUGUGUUUAUGCUGCUUCUCUUGAAUGUUCGGUGCUGUUUAAUGACGGUGGAGUCAAAAGGCCACACAAAGUGCAAAAGGUCCAACUUAUAAGUAACUCAAAUCACCUGCUGAUCAUCAACUAAAAGACAAUGGCGCUGCCUUGUGUUAAUUUGACGUGGUGGCAUUGUGUAAACACCCAAAUGCUCAUUUCAUAUGGAUGGGUGUGGUGGCUUAGCACACUCCACAACUUUAGCAAACAGAUUACUAUUAAACUGGUUUUAGUCUUGUAUGCUUGAACAGUGUACCAGUAUUAAAGAGACUAAGUUUGGGCAGGGACUCAAGCAAUUGUGUGAAUGUGCAUGCACGACACACAAAAGUUUGUCUGACUGGAGUUGCUCCUAAAUAUGGCAUUAGUCUUAAACAAGCAAGGGAAUCAAGUCACUCAGGUACUUCCCACUGGUUUGGUCAAGGAAAGAACAGCCCACUAUCAAAUGUACACAUUGCUGAACUGCUUAAAGUAUGUAAAUUACAAAUGUACAGAAUAUAAACAAUUUUAUUUAAAGCCAUUUUAUUUUGUUGUUGAUGGGAUCAACUUCAUAGACUAUAAAAUGUUAAAUGUUGUUCAGCUGGCUGUGUUCUACUGCAUAUAAUUCUGCGGUCAGAUAACGAAUAAAGUUACCCAUCAAACUGA